AUGGAAGGUUUUGAUGAGGCUGGAGUAUUUUUCUCCGAUAAUUUGCUUGGAGAUGGACAUCAAGAUGGGAAUCAAAUAAAUAUGCAAGCCGUGAAAAAGAAAUAUAAGGAAUUUAUUCGAACAUUUAAUGAAGAUAAUUUUUUCUACAAAUAUCGAGAUACUUUAAAGAGAAAUUACCUUAAUGGGCGUUAUUUUUUGGAAGUGGAGAUGGAGGACCUUGCGGGUUUUGACGAGUCGUUGGCUGAUAAGUUAACAAAACAGCCGACAGAACACUUGCAAAUCUUUGAGGAAGCUGCUCGUGAAGUUGCCGAUGAAAUAACAGCACCUCGUCCAGAGCAAGAGGAAAAUAUGCAUGACAUACAAGUUCUGAUCAUGUCUAAUGCCAAUCCAACAAAUAUUCGAGACAUUAAAUCUGACAGCGUCUCGAAAUUAGUGAAAAUUGCUGGUAUUAUUGUGGCUGCAUCUGGUAUUAAGGCAAAAGCAACACGAAUGUCUAUUAUGUGUCGUUCUUGCCAUACAGUGAUUCCCAAUUUGAAAGUUAAUCCUGGGUUGGAAGACUAUGCUCUACCCCGUAAGUGUAAUACGGAUCAAGCGGGAAGGCCAAAAUGUCCCCUCGAUCCGUUUUUUGUCAUGCCCGAUAAAUGUAAAUGUGUGGAUUUUCAAAUACUCAAGUUGCAAGAACUACCCGAUUUUGUGCCGCAAGGCGAAAUUCCUAGACAUUUGCAGUUAUUUUGCGACAGGUCUUUGUGCGAAAGAGUCGUACCAGGUAAUCGUGUUUUAAUACAAGGAAUAUAUUCUAUAAGAAAAGUCGGCAAACCCUCGCGUCAAGAUGGACGAGAGAAAGCUGUAGUUGGUGUAAGAGCACCUUAUAUGCGUGUCGUCGGUAUAACUGUAGAUACAGAAGGAUCGGGUGCUAUAUCUAGAUACAGCAAUAUAACAAGUGACGAGGAAGAGACCUUUCGCCGUAUGGCAGCCUCGCCAGAUAUAUAUGAACGCUUAUCCAAGUCCUUGGCUCCCAGUAUUUUCGGUUCAGAUGAUAUAAAAAAAGCGAUUACAUGUUUAUUGUUUGGAGGUUCCCGUAAACGUUUGCCUGAUGGAUUGUGCAGACGUGGUGAUAUCAAUGUACUACUACUAGGAGAUCCUGGUACAGCAAAGUCUCAACUCUUAAAGUUUGUGGAAAAAGUUGCACCUAUCGGUGUCUAUACUUCCGGUAAAGGAUCAAGUGCUGCUGGUUUAACCGCUUCUGUAAUGAAAGAUCCUGCAACACGCAAUUUUGUUAUGGAAGGAGGAGCAAUGGUGUUAGCCGAUGGUGGUGUUGUUUGCAUUGACGAAUUUGAUAAAAUGCGGGAAGAUGAUCGUGUUGCUAUUCAUGAAGCAAUGGAACAACAAACUAUAUCUAUAGCCAAAGCUGGUAUCACAACAACAUUAAAUUCUCGUUGUUCUGUAUUGGCGGCUGCUAAUUCAAUAUUUGGGCGCUGGGACGAUACCAAAGGAGAGGAAAAUAUUGAUUUUAUGCCAACUAUCUUAUCCCGUUUUGAUAUGAUUUUCAUAGUGAAAGAUGUUCACGACGAAUCGAGGGAUAUUACGUUAGCUAAACAUAUAAUAAACGUCCACCUUUCAUCGAAUAAAGCAGGUACAACAGAACAAGCUGAGGGAGAAAUUCCACUGUCCCUCUUUAAGAAAUAUAUUCACUACUGCCGUACACAUUGUGGCCCCCGUUUAAGCGAAGAAGCUGGAGAAAAAUUAAAAAGUAGAUACGUUCUUAUGCGUAGUGGAGCUAAUCAACAAGAAAAGUCAGCAGAUAAACGUUUAAGUAUUCCUAUUACUGUGCGCCAGUUGGAAGCAAUAAUCCGAAUUUCAGAAUCUCUGGCAAAAAUGAGUUUAUUACCAUUCGCAACAGAUGAACAUGUCAACGAAUCCUUGCGAUUAUUCCAGGUAUCAACAUUAGAUGCUGCCAUGACUGGUAGUUUGGCUGGGGCAGAAGGCUUUACCACAGAAGAGGACCAGGAGAUAUUAAAUAGGAUUGAAAAGCAAUUAAAGCGCCGCUUUGCUAUUGGAUCACAAGUUUCAGAACAAAAUGUUGUUCAGGAUUUCUUACGACAGAAGUACGAAGAACGUAGCAUUUUAAAAGUUAUUCAUACAAUGAUACGUCGAGGGGAGCUUCAGCAUCGUAUGCAAAGGAAAAUGUUAUAUCGUUUAUGUUAAAUUUAUAAAUUCUU